UUAGGCUUCAUUUUAAUUACGGAGUAAAAAUUAUUAAGACUAAAAAAUUGAAUUGACCUUAAAUACUCUUUUAGUUUACCACCUGUGUGAAAGUAAAAAAUGUCCAUCGGGAAAUGUCGUUAAUAACCCGCCGUCGGUCAUGCUCUCCGGAAUGACCCGACCCGAAUCGAAUCGGAAUCACCGACGUCGGGAAAGUGAGAAAGAGAAGAUGGGCAGAAGAAAGCAGGUGGUAGUCUCGAUCGGGCUGGGGAUGUCUAUGGCGAUCGGCUUAGCUGUCUACUUGCGCCUUUGGACCAUCGACUACCGCAUCUCUUCCGACGAGACCGAACUGAUCAGGAGACAGUUUGAUCUUGCUAAUAGAGAAGCAAUGGAUGAAUCUGCAUAUUGGAGGGGUAGAUAUGAUGAAGAGGCAGAGAAGGUUAACAACUGCCAAAAGCAGCUACUUCAAAUCAAGCAGAUGUUUGCUUCGGAUGAUGUUGGGGUGGAUAGCAAAUUAGAGUCAUUACAAAAGGAAAACAGGGACUUGCUUGAAAAGAUCAAAGAUUUGAAACGGGCCCUUGCUUCUGAGAAGUUGAAAUGCAGCAGGAUAAAACCUUGAGCGAGUUUGCCAUUGAAGGAGAAAACCUGGUUUAAUGCUUAUAGUUUGUUUUUUUUCUUGCAAACUGUUUUGAGAUCAAACUGGGUUGUUAUUGUUGUUUGCACCUAAAAGACAAGCAGUGAGUAAAUAGCUAUUGCAUUGAGUUUAUAGGGAGUAUGAUUUUAUA